CCGGCUGUUUCGUUCUGUUCAGCGAGCGCCCCUUACGUGAAGCGCUGACUGACGUUCUAUUCCAGGCUAAACUGGCAGGUUGUGUGUUGUGUAACCCAGUGCCUUGCUCGUCCUCACCGUGGCGGGGUCUCGCUUUUUGGAGGCGUAUUGAAGCAGAUGCAGUAAAUCCCCUGCCUCUCCAUCAGAAUGUUCGGGGCGGUGGUGGUCGGGCUCGGCUCGGCAGGCCUGGUGAGAAUUAGAGACCUGGUGGCUCCGCAGGCGGCCAGUCCUGCAGAGAAGCUCGCUGCCAAAGGAUUCACGUCCAGGAGAAGUCUGGGUGCUCAGCAGGGGGUGCCUCAGAUCUCUGUGGAGGAAGCUGUUGGCAGAGAGGACAUCCAUGUGGCGUUCAUCUGCACUGAGAAUGUGUCACACGAGGACAGUGUCAGAACCUUUCUGCAGGCAGGAAAGCAUGUUUGUGUGGAGUAUCCGAUGACCAUGAGCUACCAGGCGGCUGUGGAGCUCUGGGACCUGGCUCAGAGAAAAGGGCUGACUCUCCACGAGGAGCACAUUGAACUACUCACAGAGGACUACAAGCAACUCAAGAGGGAGACCAAGGGAAAGGCUCUGCAGGAAGGAACUCUCCAUUUCACAGGUGGACCUCUGAAGCCUGGGUUUGGGUUUCCUGCCUUCAGCGGCAUCGCUCGCCUCACCUGGUUGGUGGACUUGUUCGGAGAGCUGUCGGUAACUGCGGCAACCGUGGAGGAGGCGCCGGAGAGGAGCUACAGCAAGCUGACGGCACGGCUGCUCACGUCUGACGGCAGGCCUCUGACGUGGAUCGAGGAACGGGGACCAGACCUUCCCAGGGCCAAGAACAUCCACUUUCACUUUGACUCCUGCACUCUGACCCAAAUCCCUCCUGCACCCAGAGCCACUGUGGGUCUCUUCAUGCAGGACAUGAUCCACUUCUCCAGCAAGUUGCUGGGACAAGUGAGUCCAGAGGAGAUCCAGAGAGAGAGAAGCAGGGUCCUGCACUGCCUGGAGCUGGCGGAGAAGAUGCGCUCACUGUGCCAGCACUGAAAGGGAGCCUCGGUCCUGUCAAUCAGCUGGAUCAUCACAGUGUAUAUGAUCAACAGGUUUAAAAGCUACAACACUGACCUGAGACCAAAGCAAACGAGCAGCCUGAUUUCAUGUCUUCUACAAUAACUACAGCUUACAGUAUGAAUAAAAAUGAAUUGGAUGCA